UAAAUUAUCAGAUUGGUAGACAUGUUAGAUUUAUUUAAUGUAUUUUGUGAACAUCAUAUAAAACGAAAUACAUCUCUAAUUUAAUUAAAAAUUGAAAUAGAUUAAGAAAAAAAAAAAAGACGAAGAAGACUGAUAAAGUGAUUUGAUGUAAUGAGUAAUGUUAAUCAUGGAUUCGUUGCUGUACACGUGGGUGCAGGACAUCAUUCCGAUUCAACUAAAGACAAAUAUCAAAAAUUAUGUCGCGAUGCGUGUAGAGCAGGUAUACAAAAUAUUAAAUCCGGUGGUAGUGCAUUAGAUGCAGUGGUUAAUGCUACAAUUGUGUUAGAAGAUUCACCUUUAACAAAUGCUGGAUUUGGUUCUAACCUUACAGUUAACGGAACAGUAGAAUGUGAUGCUAGUGUUAUGGACGGUACUAAUUUGCAAUUUGGUGCAAUAGGUGCAGUUAGUGGUAUCAAAAAUCCUGUCUUCCUUGCAAAGCGUUUAUGCGAACAACAAUCAAAGAAAAUUGGAUAUGGAAGAAUUCCACCAAGUUUUUUGGUUGGACAUGGAGCACAUACAUGGGCACAAGAAAUGGGUAUACAAAUAUUAUCACCUGAACAGUUAAUAUCAAGAAAAGCAGAAAAAAUAUACAAGUAUUACAAAAGACAAGUGGAAAAUAGUGAUGAUGAAGUACAUAAGUAUGCUAAAAGACGAUUGGAUACUGUGGGUGCAAUAUGUGUAGAUAAAAAUGGGAAUAUAGCAUCAGCUUGUUCUAGUGGUGGUAUCAUUCUUAAAUAUCCAGGAAGAGUAGGUCAAGCUGGUGUAUGGGGAUGUGGUACUUGGGCAUGUAAGGAUAAGUAUUCAGUUGGUACAAGUACAUCUGGUUGCGGAGAACAUCUUAUUCGUACUACACUUGCAAGAUCAAUAGCAGAAGCAAUUGUAAAUACAUCCUGUCCAACAACUAGCUUACAUCAAGCUAUGAAAACUAAUUUUAUAGAAUCUAGAUUCUUAGAUGGACUUGAAAAGAAAUUAGGUGGAGUUAUAGCAAUUCGAUAUUCACCGCAAGAAAAACUUGGCGAUUUUCUUUGGAGUUAUUCUACUAAUUCAAUGAUCAUAGGCUACAUGAAUUCUAAUGAACGGACAUCAAUAAGUCAUAUGUCAGUUUUACCUACACGUGAAGUUGGAAAAAAAGCAGUAGUCGAAGGCGUUUGUUUUCGAAUGUAAAAAAAAUCAAAAUUUUCAUUAGAGCAUAAGGACAUAUUUUAUUGAACAUAAAAUUUCUUAUCUGGUAAAGGAAAAAAACAAAUAUAUGA